CGACCUGGAUGGUAAAUUAGGAAAGCAUCAAAUAUACAGUCGGUGCAUCAAGCCCUCGUCUUUUUCACUGUUUCUGGUUCUCUGCAGAUCAGAAAGAUUGUUGGGCGUGGUAUACCUCACAAGAAAGGAAGAAAGGGAACACUGCUUGUUUCCAGGAGGUUUACCUCCAGAACCAGUUAUUGUGGCCUUGAAGAAGUGACUGAAGAAGAUCACUCUCCACAGGCCUGCUGCACUCAGGCUCGAAACCCUCUUUCCCUAUCUUGACUGACUAUUUCUUGGUCCCUGCUGUUGUCAGGGACGGUUGCAUGGGCUACGCCAGGAAAGUAGGCUGGGUGACUGCAGGCCUGGUGAUUGGCGCCGGAGCCUGCUAUUGCAUUUACAGACUGACCCGAGGAAGAAAGCAGAACAAGGAGAACAUGGCUGAGGGUGGCUCUGCUGAUGUGGAUGAUGCUGGGGACUGUUCUGGGGCCAGGUAUAACGACUGGUCUGAUGAUGAUGACGACAGCAAUGAGAGCAAGAGUAUAGUUUGGUACCCACCCUGGGCCCGGAUUGGCACUGAAGCAGGGACCAGAGCUAGAGCCAGGGCAAGAGCCAGGGCUACCAGGGCUCGGAGAGCUGUCCAGAAAAGGGCUUCUCCUAAUUCAGAUGAUACUGUUUUGUCCCCUCAAGAGUUACAAAAAGUACUUUGUUUGGUUGAAAUGUCCGAAAAGCCUUAUAUUCUUGAAGCAGCUUUAAUUGCUUUGGGCAACAAUGCUGCUUAUGCGUUUAACAGAGAUAUUAUUCGUGAUUUGGGGGGUCUCCCAAUUGUUGCAAAGAUUCUCAAUACUCGAGAUCCCAUUGUUAAGGAAAAGGCUUUAAUUGUCCUAAAUAACCUGAGUGUGAAUGCUGAAAAUCAGCGCAGGCUUAAGAUAUACAUGAAUCAAGUGUGUGAUGACACGAUCACUUCUCGAUUGAACUCAUCUGUGCAGCUGGCUGGACUCAGAUUGCUUACAAACAUGACUGUUACUAAUGAGUAUCAGUACAUCCUUGCUAACUCCAUUUCAGACUUUUUCCGCUUAUUUUCAGCAGGAAAUGAAGAAACCAAACUUCAGGUUUUGAAACUCCUUUUGAAUCUGGCUGAGAAUCCAGCCAUGACUAGAGAACUGCUCAGGGCUCAGGUGCCAUCUUCCCUGGGCUCCCUCUUUAAUAAGAAGGAGAAUAAAGAAGUUAUUCUUAAACUUCUGAUCAUUUUUGAGAACAUCAGUGACAAUUUCCAGUGGGAAGAAAAUGAGCCUGCUCAGAAUCACUUUAGUGAGGGGUCACUUUUUUUCUUUUUAAAAGAAUUUCAAGUGUGUGCCGAUAAAGUUCUGGGAAUACAAAGCCACCAUGAUUUUCUAGUGAAAGUGAAAAUUGGAAAGCUUGCGGCCAAACUGACUGAGCGUAUGUUCCCAGUGAGCCAGGAAUAGCUUGGUAGCUUUGUAGUGUAGCAGCAGCAUACCUGGUAAGCUAUUCUUUUUCUCUGCCUUGUUUAUACGGCAAAGGAACCCUUUCAGCUGCCAGUUUUGAAUAAGGAAUACCAUACUGUAUCAUGGAUGCUGAUAUUUAACCAAGUUUGUCUUCAGGGUUAAGUUGAAUGAAUGACUAUCACUACUUGUUCAGAAAACAUGUUUGCUGCCUUUUAUCUUGUUGCCAAGAUUGGAAUAUUUUUAUUGUUUUCCUCUGCAUAAGUGACAGUGAACCAAUUCAUCCUAAGAAGGCUCCUUUCUGUCAUUUUUAUUCAUUUUUAUUUGUGCAUCAUCAAUAAACUUUUAUGUUAAUGCUGGAAAGAAACAACAGAAGAAGAAAGAAACUAGCCUGUCCUUUGGUUUAUGAUCUAGUUGUAGAGAUAAGAAACAGACAAACAAAAACCUAAAAAACAAAAACAAAAACAAACCCAACAACCUGAGAUUAUCUGGGGCAUACAUUCUGUCAGAUCUGUGCCUUCAAAACAUAGAUAGAGAGGCAAAGAC